UGUAGUAUGAGCCUCUUUUCACGAAAAACAAAAAACUUUACCUCCUGCUCAUUUUUACGGGUUGCCAAACACCCUCUUAGACAAUUGGAAGUAUAUAUCGACUACUAGUUUCUUAUUUCGAUUCUCUCAGUGUGUCAUCCAAUCGGUUUUUUUGUCGCGCAAAAACAAUGAAGGAAGCCAUGGGACCUCCUCCACCUAAAAACCCUAAACCAUCCAUUAGUUCUCUUGCAGAUACAGGAACUCAAGACCCUAAUUCCUCAAGUAGUUCAAACUCUGUAACAAUGAAGAUCCCUAUGGGUCCUCCCCCUCCUAAAAACCCUAAUCCCUCCAAAAUCGAUGCAGAAAUUGACGGAGGAAUUCAGGAAAACACUACUAGUACUGCAACAACCGCUUCUACUGCGAAUACCACUAUAAUAGACGAACGUCAAUCAGAUGAAGGCAAAAAUGAAGUUACAGAAUCAAAAGAAAAAACCCUUGAAAUUUCAAAACCAAAACCUAGUAAGUCUAGUGAACCUGUUAAUGUUACAGUUCCAUAUACAAUUCCUCCAUGGAGUGCCCCACCUCGUCACCCUUUCUUUUUUGAGAUUCUCAAGGAUGGCUCAAUAAUUGACCAGUUUGAUGUUUCGACGAAGGGAGCAUAUAUGUUUGGGCGUGUUGAUCUAUGUGAUUUUGUUCUUGAUCACCCAACAAUUUCUCGGUUUCAUGCUGUUCUCCAAUUUAAACAAAGUGGAGAUGCAUACCUGUAUGAUCUUGCAAGUACACAUGGCACUUCUAUCAAUAAGAAUCAGGUGAAGAUAAAGACUUACACGGACUUGCAUGUUGGUGAUGUGGUGCGAUUUGGCUUGUCUUCUCGAUUGUAUAUAUUUCAAGGACCCUCUGAGCUGAUGCCACCGGAAAGGGACUUCAAUAAGAUUAGAAGUGCUAGGAUUCGCGAGGAAGCCCAAGAUCGUGAAGCUUCACUUCGGCGAGCUAAAUUGGAAGCAUCUCUAGCGGAUGGUAUCUCUUGGGGUCUCUCAGAAGAUGUAAUCGAAGAAGCUGAGGAGGUUACAGAAGAGAUUACCUGGCAAACCUACAAAGGGCAGCUUACUGAGAGGCAGGAGAAGACACGUGAAAAAAUUAUUAAAAGAACCGAGAAGAUAGCGAAUAUGAAGAAAGAGAUUGAUGCUAUUCGAUCAAAGGAUAUAUCUCAAGGUGGAUUAACACAAGGCCAGCAAACUCAGAUUGCUCGGAAUGAACAACGCAUGUCUCAGAUCCUGGAAGAACUUGAAAGCUUGGAGGAGACCCUGAAUGAGAGUAUUCAAGAAAGUCUAGGGGCACGUGGUGGAAAAAGACUUGGUAAGAACAAAGGAGCUAUAGAGGAUGAAGAUGAAGCUUCAAGUGAUGAGGAUGACUUCUAUGACCGUACGAAGAAGAAACCCAUACAGAAAGCUGGUGAAAGCACGUCAGUUGAAACAGCCGAUACUCUUCUGGAUAAGAAAGAUGCCAUCGUAAGUGAAAUAGAGAGCAAAGCAAGGUUACUACUGAGUGAGAGAAACAAAGUGAUACCAGAAGUUGAGCGAACAAUGGAAAAUGGAGAUGAUGCCCUCGAUGCUUACAUGACUGGGCUCUCGUCCCAACUAGUGCUUGAUACUACCACACAGCUUCAGGCAGAAAUAUCUUCUCUCCAGACCGAGCUCGAUAGAAUCAUCUACUUGCUGAAAAUCGCAGAUCCAACAGGAGAAGCUUCUAAGAGAAGAAUAUCAAAAACGGAGUCAAAAUCUAAAGAAGCUGGUGCUACUUCUCCUGUCACAGAGAAACUACCAGUAGAAAAGAAGAAGAGCUCUGCCACAUUACAGAUGCCCAAAGAUGGUCCCAUCCUGAAACUGGGAAGUCCUAGCAUCAUUACUACCACGCAAGAACCUAAGCCUCUAAAAAAGGAUGUAACUGAGGUUACUGGAGUAAAAGAAAGUAAGUCUGCUGUUUACGUGGCCACCAAACCUGUAUGGCUCGGAGCAACGGAUAACAUAAAAAACAAAGAUUCCCAACCAGUGGAAGUUCCAUCGGAUAUCAACGAGCCAGAUCAAUUUGUUGAUUAUAAAGAUAGGAAGAAGACUCUUGAGAAGGUAACUAAUUCUUCUGUGAACCCAGUGCUGGAGAUUGAAGAUGCUGCCCCUGGUUUAAUAAUAAGGAAACGAAAGCAUGCGGAGGAACCUAAAGAACAUGAUGAUAAAGAUCCUGAGACAACAGCAUCCUUGUCAGUGGAAGCUGCAUCAACUGCUGCCGAUGCUGUGGCAUUGUUAUUGAAGCAUAAAAAAGGGUAUUUCGCAUCUGAAGAUAUGGAAGAAAAUGAGAGUUUCAAAACUGUUGCUCAUCCCAGUAAAGAAAUAAAGACCAGAAGAGUUGUUGGCCCGGAGAAACCUAAUUUUCUUGAGAAUGAUAAUCCAGACUAUGAGACUUGGGUGCCUCCAGAAGGACAAUCGGGUGAUGGGAGGACUUCAUUGAAUGAACGCUAUGGUUACUAAUUUAGCCCUCAUUUGUGUUGUUUCUCUCUAAUUUUAUGAACCAGGCAGGGUUCCGGAGCCUGGCAUCUUGAGCAGGGUACAGAUCUUGUUGGAACCAAAUAUGAAUAGGAAUAUAGUAUGGUCACUGAUAGUUUCCAAAGAUAGAAUCGAAAGUCCAUAAAUAGUUUCACAAUUUUUUUGUUCUGUAAUGUAAUUUUGUUGGUGAUGUAUCUGUAAUCUCCUUGGCAAAGCAGCAUUUAUUCUAACGUGCUUUUUCUAAUGCUCGUCUAUAUUGUUCUAUUUCAUAGUUUAUUGAUGUUUAUCUUUUUA